UGAUGAUGAUGAUGAUGAUGAUGAUGAUGAUUGAGGGUGGAAAACGGAGUCCGUCACGAUUGAGGGGGGGAACAUGAUCUCCGACAUACCUCUCUCUCUCUCUUUGACUUCGAUAUCGAAAUUGGACAACAAACUUCAUGACAAGAUGAUCUAAGUUCUCGGCACGCGUCACAGUACGGCACGACACAACAAGACACAACGCAACGGAAGUUCGUGGGAUGGAAAUGGCAUUGGAUUCAGCAUGUUGGCGCAUGGGAAGCAGAUUGCGAGCGAUGAAUCGAAAUCUGUUAACAUAUGCCAUUGGUCGUACUUUCUUUCUCCCUUUUUUUCCUUCACUUUUACAAAAUGGCGACAGAAGUUGGGAAGCACUAGUCACACGAACGAACCCGAAUGGUGAGUUGAAGAGGGGAAAACAGGGGAGUGGGGGUCUUGAAAUGACGUACUUUGUCCUACUAUCAUCAGCUCUAACGGCUUUAGGAGGCGCCUGUCUGUAUAGUUAUUGUAAGAUUAAGCAUUCUCUACAACACUUGAUUACCCACCAAUGACAACCAGAAGAUGCAUCGCAAUUGAUUCAUAUUUUACCACGGUUCGCUAUCAACGAG